GAUUCUAUUCACAUUGUGAAAUUAAAUCGGUUAAGGAAAGCAGCUGGUAGCAUUCGAGACGCAAAUUUCGAAUUCUAUCGUGACAGCUCUUAGUCGCGUGCCAUAUUUCAUAACUGAAGUGAAUCAUUGAGUAAAGCAGAAGCAUAAGGAAAGUGAGUCAAGGACACAAGAAUUUGGGAUUAUCCACCCGGCGGAAUUUGCAUAAAUAAUUGAGGCAUAAGUGGACCAAUUACUAAGGAUUACAAACAAGGAUUACCAGUGAUAGAUACGGACAGUAUUGGUGAAGUGGAUCUAAAGACAAUUAAUACUAAAAAAGUGAACGUUAAUCAAGUGGAGCAAGUGGCAACAACUAGUGCAAAACUGGCGACUGAAGUUCUCAUCCCUUACGCAUCAAUAGUGAAAUCAAACCCUUCCAACAUGGUCAUAGAGGAACCAAAACACACUCCCGCAGUCGACACAAUGGGAGUGAGCAACGUUGGGAAAACGAUCAAACAACUCCUGUUGAAGGCUCAGAGUGAGUCCCGUGUGACGGUCGGUCUCUCGGCCUGCAUCAACAUCCUAUCCAAAACUCCAGAGGAUUCGCUAUUCUGCCUGCUAGCGGAGCCCAAAAAGGGCGACAGCGCAACUCACAUGCAUGAAGUGCUGCUCGAGGCUUUCUGUUAUGAAAACGACAUCUACGUGGUGAAAGUCGACAGCGCUGACAAACUUAGCCGCAUCCUAGGCCAAUCGGACAUCGAAUCCUGCGCCCUAAUUCAGAAGUCUUGGACGUCGAACAAUGAGGACGAAUCCUUCGACUCCCUGGAAAACGCUUUAGUUGACCAUUGUGAAGCUUUCUGGGACGCCCCCCAACAACCAAUCAUCAAAUUGCCAGCAAUGUGAAGGAAUUUAUUGCAAUGAACUAUCUUGAAUGCGCCAGCAUUAAGAUAUUUGGAUUUAAACUGAACGAAAAAUUGGCUUGGCCAAUUGAUUCGACUUAUAAAGGUACCCAUUGGAAGGUGCCGAACAUUCCACGAAAAAUUGAAAACGCGAAAUGAUCCCACAAACCUACCCGACACCAUCUGGGACGACGGCGAGACGGUAACGCUUACUACUUAUGGACUAUUGUGAAAUUCGUUAGAAAUCUGUGCUAAAUUAACCCGUAACGAGUAUCGUGCGGAGGACCGAAGUUGUUGCAGCCCUUGCUUGGGAGUCUUCAAUAUUAGCGAAGUUGGAUUUAGAGGCCAAUACGACCCUAAGCCUCGGACGAUAUUUCACUGGAGCGGACUUGGCGUUUCCAAAAGUAUUUGUUACCCGUAGAAAGUAAUAAGAGAUUACAUUUUGCAAUAAUUUCAUUCCUAAACUAUUGUGUAAAUUGCAAUUAACAAAAGCUGAGCAAUGGAUUGAAGACAGAAGAGGAAAGACUUUGUUUACAUAGAAAGAUUUGUAUGACGAGAAGAAAGUCUAAUGAGAGCAAAUCAGUGAAUUAUGAUGUAAAUAAUGUUUAUAUUAAACGAUACGAUUUCCUAUCGUAACUUUUUAUUUUCUGUAUUGAUUACAAACAUAUUACUUUGUCUAAUAACUAUGGUUAUGAAUAGAAUAUUGUUUGAUUUUUUUAUAAAAAUGUUAACAAAUAGCAAAAACACUCAACUAAAAUUUUGUUGUCUGUAUAGUAUCACUCAAUAAUUGACCCAACUGAAAACAAAAUAUUGUAUCAAUAUUAUAAGAAAACAGGAAGAAAAUUAUGAUUUUAAAUAAUAAAAGAAAAACAAAAUUUAAAAAAAA